AUGCCUCCAGCGCUCUGCGCAGUCUGUAAGACGGAGAGGGCCCUGAUCAAGCGACCCAAGAACCACCAGAAACUCUGCAAGGGGUGUUUCAUUGAGAUAUUCGAGGAUGAAGUUCACCACACAAUAACAUCGUCCCAGCUCUUCUCUCGGGGCGAGCGAGUGGCUAUAGGGGCGUCAGGUGGCAAGGACUCGACAGUCCUGGCUUCGGUGCUGAAGACCCUCAAUGAGCGGCACGACUACGGAGUUGACCUAGUGCUCCUCAGCAUUGACGAGGGCAUCAAGGGCUACCGGGACGACUCUCUGGAGACUGUGAAACGCAAUGCCACCCAAUACGACAUGGAGCUGAAGAUAGUCGGUUACGACGAACUAUACGGCUGGACCAUGGACCAAGUCGUCGAGACUAUUGGAAAGAAGGGAAACUGCACGUACUGCGGCGUGUUCCGGCGACAGGCGCUGGACCGAGGUGCAAAGAUGUUGGGAAUCAAGCACGUCGUCACGGGUCAUAAUGCGGACGAUGUUGCGGAGACUGUCUUGAUGAAUCUGCUUCGAGGAGACUUGCCGCGGUUGUCACGGAGCACGAGCAUCGUCACCGGCAGUGACGCCAGCGAGGUGAAGCGCAGUAAGCCUCUGAAGUACGCAUAUGAGAAGGAGAUCGUCCUCUACGCACACCAUAAGAAGCUGGAUUACUUUACCACCGAGUGCAUAUACAGCCCGGAGGCUUUCCGCGGGAGUGCGAGGAGUCUGGUCAAGAACCUGGAGAGAGUUCGUCCAAGCGCCAUACUGGACGUUGUACGGAGUGGCGAAGACAUGGCGAGACUAGUUCCUGGAGCCACACCGGAUGCCUGUGGCUGCAAGGGCAAGGCACCACCACCACCUCAGAGUGCAGCCGACGACGAGAACGUGGGCGGGUGCGGUUCUUCAAAUGGGCGCACAGUAGGUGGAGAUAUGGCCGCCAUGGAGAAGCAGCUUAGGGCGAACGAAGCUGCCGAAGCUGCCGGUCUUGAGACCAAGGUCUCUGUCUCCAGGACUGAAGCUCAGCGCCCCAAUAGCCAGAAGCAGCAGCCAGAGCAACAGAAGACGACCGGCACCAGGCUUCCCAUCAUCACAAAGCAGACGUUGGGCAAUUGUGAGAAGUGCGGCUACUUGACGAGCCAGAAGCUUUGCCAGGCUUGUAUGCUCCUGGACGGACUGAAUAAGAACCGACCCCAGAUCACGAUAUGA